AUGCGGGGAGGACAAGUCUUGCAGCUGCAGGAUAACAAGUCUUUGCGGGACACUAAAAGCAACUUGCCAGCACAUCAAGAAUUUUUGCAGACGGUUCUACUUGAGGAUCAACCGCCGAUUGGAGAUUGUUUAUUGGAGGAGAUACGCCGUGCUGCGGACCUGCUUGUGCAACAGACUCCGCCACGUGGAGAGGGCACUACUUUAUUUAUUGGCCAGAGUGCCGACUAUCUACGCGCUGCUGUCGGAAGGCGGAGAGCUACUGUCUCGCUGCCGAUGGGCGGAGUAGACAUGUUUGGUGGAUUAGAGGAGAUGUUCGUGGCGGAAGAGAAGAAAAAAACGUUUUCAUCGACCCCCGCAGGGGCCUAUCGACUUCAUGUCUUGGACGAGAAAAAUUAUCCACUAGUGUGCCUCUGGCGACAUGAUCCAGACAUUUUUAUUAAGGGUAGGGAGGUGCUUUUGGUUUUGUUACCGUUUGUUAUGGCCGUCUCCCGUACGAACACCAAAAACCUACCUCUAAUUUUACUCUGGUUGACACGAGCAUCUCCGGCGAGUCGAUCUGGGCGGUAGCAGCUUUACUGAGUGACGAUAGCGUUUUGGGGAAAAGAGCCGCGUCGUCAUCAUCUAAGAGAGUCGUUGGUUCGAUGGAAUGAGCUGCCUCGUCAUCUUCUAGACAGUUCGCUUCUGAUUCGAUAGAACCAGAUCAAGAUGAAGGUGCUGAUCAGCAUGCUCGUUUGUUUGGAAGCUGCGAGGACAAAAAGCUGGAGGAGGAGCGCGACACCACAUGUCGUGAACCCACAGAAGGUUCUAGCGAAGAUUUUGCGACGAAAAGACGUCAGAAACUGGAUCAUCUUCAUGGAAGUGGUGGGACUGUGGAAUUCAUUAAUCUAACGCCCUUGGAGAAAACUACAAUACCCUUGAUAGCGGAGACAGUGGAGAACUUCAGACGUAACUUUCAGGCAGCUUGCAACGACAAGAAGAGACUUGAGGAUCGGGCUCGGUUCAGCGCUGAUUCCCAAUCCAAGCACUGAGUCCUUUGUUGUACCAGGAAGAUUUCAAAAAAAAUCGACCAGUAAAAUCGAUUCGGCCACGUCGGUUGAAUACAAGAAUCUAAAUCGCGCAAGAAGCACUGAGGCAGCAUGGCGUGGAGCGCAAUUGAUCCGGAAUUUCGAGAACGGGUGUCAAGGUUUUUUAGGAUUGACGAAUUGGGCGGCUUAUGCCAAUAUCGUCAGUGGGUCCUGGGAGGAGGAGAAUCAUGCUGCAGUAUCUCCUUGGGUCGUCCGUGCGUUUCGUAGCAUCGCGAGUGAAGAAAUGAUCAGAAGGCCUAGUAGUUCGAGAGAUUUAGAUUGUGAUGAAGUCGAUCACGCACGGCGCGAGAAAGCCAAACGUGUAGAAGCUUCGCUAGGUCUGCAUAGCAAACUGACAGCAGUCUUGCGAAAAAGACGAGCCGCCCUGCCACGCACGGUGCCUUCCUACAAGCUUCAGGAAUGGACAAAGGGGCCUGCAAGUACUACGGGAUAUGCGGAGAGACCCUGUUGGGACUUGGUUCGGAGGUACGGGUUCGGAGGUACGGAGCGAGAAAAAAUUGGCAUAUGAUGGAUCGACAGUACGAGGAAAAGUGCGUCAACAUUGUUGGCCUCGAUGGCGAAUCUUACGGUCUGCAGGCCCCCAUUUUUGAAGCUGCAGAUACGGAGACGCCCCAGAGUGAGCAAGAUGAGAUGGAGGUUGUGCCGAAGAACACGCGGUUGGGCUGAGAACGAUCAUACGACGGUAGAUUUAGAUUUUCGUCAGGCGGAGAUUUAGAUUUUUUAGAAAAGACGAACAGCUGAUGUCUUUUGUUUCGGCAUCACCCGAUUACAGAACUCACUCAAGGGCUGCCUUCCAAUCAAUGCCCCGUCUUGGAUGAAACAUAUUUGAUUUCGGAAAAGCCAAGAAUUCUAAAUUUUGAAAUUAACUUAGGAAAGGAUAAUUCUGUGGCACGGAUCUGCUAGUUCACGCGAGAUAGGUCUAUCGGAAUCGCUCUAAAUCUGUAAGAAUUGUGGAUCUAAAUCAAGGCAACUCUUUCAGCCAAAUCAUUAU